UGUCCCCGUGGCAAUCGACACCACGACUCUUUGGCCACUCGGCACCCUCUUGGCAUCCGAGAUUCCCCGUUUCUUCGCUUCACCCAUCAAAACUCUUUCUUCUCACAAAUUCAUUCAUCUCUUUUUGUGUUUCCUACCGCAGCUAGCUACUUAGAUAGAUAGAAAAUGCAGAGCCCCAUGACAUGCCAACGGAGCAACAGCUUUGCUGGACCAUGUGCCUCUAUUACUACAAGCAGCCCCUCUUCGGUCAUGAUCGACUUGCAAUCUCCGAUUCGAAGAAAGUCCUCUAGUGAUGCCAACACAAGAUCAGAUUGGAAUCGCCGCAAAAAUGCCCUCUACCGACGAUCCAGGACGGUACCCCUCAAGGCGCCAGUCUCGUUGGACGACGCCAGUACUGGCAACGAUUCCUGUCGCAGCUGGGAACAACGCAAGGCAGGAUUGAAGCAAUCCCUGCAAAGCAGCCCUCGGAAACGUGUCCGUCGCAUCUCACGCUCUUCGUCGCGACCGUCUCGGUGGGAAAGCGAAAGUCCCGUCAAGAAAGAACAACCAGCCAAACAAGAAGCAUGCAAAGAUACGACCUGUCGAUGGCAGAGUAGUUCACCACGCAGCCACAGCAUGAGCCCUCAAUGUCGACGUCCUAUUCGAGAGAGCAAUGCAGCAGUGACAGACUCUCCUCGCAUGCCAAGACGACGCAAUUCCAACAACUUUGACAACGUCAACAACAACAUUAGCAGGCGGAAGAUGCCCGCAGCGUUUCAACAACGGAAGCGUCAACCAGCUCUCGAUGUGCAGGGAAGCACUAGGGAUUGUGGUGCAGGACUGGCGAAUCUCAAAGCCAAAGUCAAGAGUGGAUUCCCUUGAGGGUUUGGUUGGUUCAUUACUAGCUAGUAUAGGGAAAUAGAUUGAAUAGAAUAGACCAGUUAUAUCAGAUCAAAACAUUUUAUCCGGGAAUCCCACUUCUCAAACCACACAUUCUUGGUAGCUAGUCUUGUUACUCCAUGCAUACAUAUGCGCC